AUGCUUUGUCAAUUUCUUACACUGUUGUCUACCACGGCGCUGAGCUUUGUAGCCAUUGUGUCGGCCUCUUCACUACCAGCAUUGACCUUCACGCAGCCAUUUGAAGUAGUGGACUCGCAAGGUAAACGACAGAUCUCGAACGAUGUCAUCUACGGUGGCACGACGGAGGUCAAGAAGAACUUUAUCCGCCUCACGCCCGAUCGUCAGAGCAAACGUGGCCACAUUUGGACCAAGAACGUCAUUGAUCGAGACGAGUUUGCGACUGUCAUUACAUACCGCAUUCACGGUCAGGGAAAGAAGUGGUUUGGUGAUGGUAUUGGUCUCUGGUUCACACAGGAACUUGCAUGGAAGAAUGGCGAAAACCACGGCUUUAUAGACAAGUACAAUGGCUUUGGCAUUAUUCUGGAUACAUUCCACAAUGUAGAGCACCGUGGCGGCCACAAAGACGUGACGAUACAGGUAAAUAACGGUCAGAAGGAGCUGGACGAUCUCAAUGACGCGGAAAAGAUUGGCUGCGAUGCCGCUUUUCGCUACAAUUCGGAUAGCGCCACCUUUGAUCCUGUCUACAGCUCGGCGCGUAUCCGUGUGAAGAUCAAGGGUAAUUCACUUGAAGUGGAUGUGGAUCCAAACAACUCAGGAGCCUGGACGGAGUGCUACAAAGGCGCUCUACCAUUUCAGAAUGACUGGCUCCGUCGUGCUACUUUCGGAAUCACGGGGUCAACUGGUGCUCUGGCUGACAAUCACGAUAUUCUGCGUGUGCAGUCAUUCGACCAAAUCAAUGAUCUUGGUCUGGGUACGGUGGAUGCCGAGACGUGGACGCACAACUACUCGAAGGAAUUUGAAUCGCUCAUGGAGAGCAAGACGUGCGAUCAAUCGUGCAAAGUAACGAUUUUGGAAAAGUUCUUGACCAAUUUCCAAAUGGAGACCGAGCACUGGUUUGAGAUGCUGCGUGAGCAGACGGAGAACACCAUUAACAACCUGAAGGAGAAGGAGCGCGAGAAUCAUCGCAAGAUUGAGGUGCUGACGGAUCGCAUGACGACCAUGAUGGAGCAAAAGAUCGGCCAGAAAAUGGCGGACGUGCGCUCCAAAGUGAACGAGAAGAUCGCGACCGAGGUUGAGGGUGAACUUACGGUAGCGCACUCCAGCUGGCGCUUGCCUUUCUUUAUUAUGAUCAUGCUCAUCAGUGCCGGUGUGGGCAUAGCCUACCAGAAGUACCGCAAGUUGGUCAAGAGCCACUUGUAUUAA